AUGUUCCAAUCGAGAUUCCUGUGCCUGCUGCUCGUUCUCGGCCUUUUGGCUUUGUUCUUGGGCGGAUCCGAGGCCCUGCCACGUCCCCAGGAGGGUCGAGAGGAGGGCGGUGACCAGGAGGCAGCCGUGGAGGCGGAGGAGAAGGAUCUGGAUGGAGCCGCCUCCUUUGGAUAUGGAUACUACUCAUCACCGUACCUGGGUGGAUACUACGGCGGUGGAUACUGGCCGCACUACAGUGGCAGUUACUACGGAAUUGGCUAUCCCUACUACGGUGGCUACUAUGGAUUGCAUCACCAUCAUGGCCACUAUGGACACUACUUCUAA